GACACCAAAGGUUGUCCUCGCCUUCAUGUGUCCUUCAAGCGAGCGGAAAGGGCUCUCCACCAUGACGGUCUUCCGCCCAUGUUCUAGGCGCCGUACCUCUAGAGCUCGUCCUAUCAUCGUAUUUGUCAUGACAGCAGCAGCGUGUUGCAGCACCCUGCAGUACACUUCGGGGCUCAGAGUAUUUACCCCACAACUAUCCAGAAUACGUGGAAGACGGUCGGACGGCACUUUUACCUUCUGCAUGGAUGACGAGAACCUCCCAGAACGGCGUGUCAUACAUCCAAAGGCAAAUCUACCAGCAGUACUCGGUGGCCUUUCUUUGCCUUUCCUGUCUCAGAGCGCACAAGCACUGGCUGCUCCCGGAGCCGGGCGAAUAGCGGGCCGUGCUACAGAUAUUCCCCCUCCGCCCCCCCCCCGACUCCAGUGGAUCCAGGCAGUCCUCGUCUCUCGUAUUCUUCUCACAAGCUCUCCUUUUUACAUGCAAGAUACGCAUUCAGGACGGAGAUCUUUUAAGCAAUGACCGCGUUUUGGUGCAUGGACGUCCCAUUCGCAAGACGGACGUGGCAGUCUUCGGGGGCUUUAUGGGGGUUGCGAUCGCGCAAGCAGAGAUGGCACGGCGGAGGGAGAGGUUAGGUCAAGGGGGGGUAGAGGGGGACGUAUAUUUGGUCACAUACCAAAUAGCCUUGUACGAUCGGGACCAACGCGGCCUUAUGCAGGCGUUGCAGCGGCUGGCCGAGCGUGCGGAGACGACGACGAGCGCAGGGCUGGCGUCCUUGGCCUCUAGCGUAUCUCUGGAGCUCCUCCGAUCCUACGAAGGCUGGGUAGCGGCGCAGGCCACGAGCGGGAGGUUCAAAGAUAUGGCGGCCGCAGAGCGAGCCUUCAAUGAGGCUUCCAUGAGGGAGCGGAAGAAAUGGGCCUUCGAGAACACGCCUGAGGACAGGGCUGCGAUGGUCUUGGCGGCGAGGCGGAAGGGCAACGAGAGCAAGGAGAGUUCGGCAGCUUCUUCUAUGGCAGGAAAACAAUUACUUGUCUUGACGUUGAUGGUGGCAUGCCGAAAUAUAGGUGGAAAGCAUAUUCUACCGCGUAGGUCGGGAUCAGCCGAGGCUCUGGAAGGGUCGUUGGAGCGCUUCGCGGCGGCUCUUCUGGAAAAGAAUGGGAAGAACGUACUUGCGGUGGACGUAAGUUGGACUCCUGAUGGUGAUGGGGAGAUAUUAAGUCGCUUGGAUGUCACGCGGAAAUGGCCAGAGCUGAUAGAUUUGUAGAUUUUCCUUAUGUAGAGGGCCCUAACAAGACUCGCAAUCAGUCACUGAAUUUAGGCAAUGAAACAACAUGGACGCAUUAACAAA